AUGUGGAAGUCGCUGUUUCUCGUCGCCAUCUCUGGCGCCCAGGUCUCGCGCGUUUCCGCAAAGGCCAUUGCGGAUGGAUAUACCCAAAUGGGGCAACCAUUCCGCUUCAAUAAGAACUUUGUAGCGAGCGCACCUGCAUUCGAGGAGUCGAGCUCUGAAGUAUGGUGGCCAGCAACUGGAAGACCUCCGCUGCGGAAGGCCCAGCGAGCCCUCUCACACUCCUGGGUUUGCGACCCCGACCACUUACUCUCACCAGAAGAGCAAGCAUUCGUUGAGACACGUCUCCUCAAGCUCCGUGAUACUGCCCAGAGCAAGUGCAAUGACGCCGACAACUACUACCAGACGCAUAUCUUUGUCAGACGCUGGGGUGUGGGCAACAAGGGCUGUCACGAUGGCAUAGUUUUGGCAUUUGUCAAGAACCUCAAGACCGUCAGUCUUGCCACCCGUGGCCUGAGCUGGAGUGCUACCAUCCUCCUCACGCUGGGCGGAGUCUACCUGGCUUCUGUCCUUGGAAUAUACUAUUCGCUGAACACAUUCAUGCUGAAGAGCUACACCGUCGAACAGUAA